AUGGUCGAUACUUCAGACCAUUCAGCAUCGUCUGCAAGCCUCUCAGGAGCUUCCUCCUGGGAUCAACAACUUCACACAAGCAGAUCUUCCAGUAUUGCUUCCUCCUCUUCACGAAUGAACAGGGGAGAUGAAGGCUUGUAUUCUCGUUUUAACACUUCUCCAGCUGGUACACCCCUUCCGACCCCCUUAGAUACGGGGGAGAAAAAUGAUCCUCUCGCCACUUCUCCUAAUUCCAAGUCCACUCACUGCAUAUUGGAAAACACAGCAUCUCCUACGCCUAGAUACGAGAAGCCAAAUCCCUUCGAAUCAGCUCAUCGAACGAAAAUCACCAAGCAGGGAAGUAUGGCUUUGUCAGGCGAUAGGGAUACAACUCCAACUAGUUGGGUAGAAGUCCGUCAGUCGCUCUCGCUGAGCUCAGUCGUUGGUCAGCCCAAUUCAAGAGAGAUGGAGCUCGCGAAACACUGCUUUUUCCAGAUCAUGAAAGCAGUAGAGACUACGCCGAUGAGUGGUCAAUCGCAGAGGAAGGAAUCGGGAGCAAGCAGUCCAGCGGAAUGA